UUAGAAAGAGAACAAAGGAUUCGACAGAUUGAAUCUGACAUGCUUGAUGUUAAUCAAGUAUUCAAAGAUCUCGCUGCUAUGGUUCAUGAACAAGGAGAUACCAUUGGUAGCAUAGAGCAGAACAUAACUUCUGCUGCAUAUAAUGUCGAAGAAGGAGCACAACAGCUCUCAAAAGCCAGUAGUUAUCAGAGAGCGUAUCGAACAAAGCUGUGUUGUUUGGUUGUCAUAUUAGUUGUUGUAGCAGCUGUCAUUGCAUUAGUGAUUUAUCUUUCUGUUAAUUGAUGUCUAGACUUUUUUUAAAAAUUACCAGGAUUCAUACUGAUUCCAUAUUAAUUUUGGACCGUUCUUAUUUUUAUUUGAAUCCUCCCGAAAUCUAAAAUUUUUCAUUACAUGUCUGUUUUUUAAAAACUUUUUUAUA